AUGGCCGCUUCAGUGAACCGGACUAAUCCAAAGGAAUGUGCAGCAUGCAAAGAGCUGAAAGAAAAAGGACGUGGUGUGAUGAUAUGUGCCGGAUGUUCACAAAUGUUUUGCAACAAACACUAUCCACAACAUCGACAACUGAUAGAUAAACAAUUCGAUCAACUCAUAGAACAACAUGCGCUUUUUCAACAAGAUUUAAAUCAAACACAACACAAAACCGUAUCUCAAUUGAUACAAGAAAUCGAUGAAUGGCAACAAGAGAUGUUCGACGAGAUAAUGAGAGCAGUUACGGCAUCCAAACAAAAACUGACACAAACGUUGAGCAAACAAGACGAAGUAAAACGCAAAUUUACACUGAUCACAAACGAUUUACGUGUAAAACAAUCAACUCAUGACUACGAUGAAAGCGAUGUCGACGAAUGGAAACAACAAUUAGCCGAACUAGAACAACAACUGAAGAAUGUGCAAACACAGAAGUUGAAUCUAAACAGAUCUAUUAAUUUUACAAAACUUAUCGAUAUACAAGUCAUCGAGAAAACGGAAUCUAUCUCCCCACCUCUUCAUAGUCCGAAGCAACCGCUAUUUAUAGGUGGAACAUUAUUGAACGACAAACAGCAUCAGAUAAAACUUAAUGAGUUUUGUGGUCGAGAAAAAGAACACUGGACCUUGAUAUACAAAGGCACACGAGAUGGCUUUGCCGCCAAAGAUUUCCACCGUCACUGCGAUGGAAAAGGUCCAACGAUGACCGUUAUUCAAUCGCACGGAAGUGGUUAUCUCUUUGGCGCUCAUACUAUCAUACCUUGGAGUUCACAAAAUGGCCCGAAAAACGACUCAGAAGCAUUUCUAUUUACGCUCACCAACCCCCAUCGCCAUCCAAUCACAAAAUUCACCAUUGACGACAAAUGGAAACAAUAUGCAGUGCUUCACGUCAAAACUCGCGGACCAAUAUUAGGUAGCGUCCAUCACUUACAGAGUGCCCCUCGAUUUCCAUUUUCUCUUGGUCUCAAUCACUUUCUAUUCUCAGCUCUUUCCUCUUGUGACGACAACGUGGCGUCAUCCUUCUCGCGUGCUAUCAUCGAACUUUCAGCUUAUGAUUAUGAUUAUGAUUAUAGGACUCGUUCAUGUACAGCAUCAUCCUUCGAUUUCCACUUUCUCUUGGUCUCAAUCACUUUCUAUCUUCAGCUCUUUCCUCUUGUGACGACAACGUGGCGUCAUCCUUCGAUUUCCACUUUCUCUUGGUCUCAAUCACUUUCUAUUCUCAGCUCUUUCCUCUUGUGACGACAACGUGGCGUCAUCCUUCUCGCAUGCUGUCAUCGAACUUUCAGCUUAUUAUGAUGGGCUUAAUUCAUGUACAGCAUCAUCCUUCGAUUUCCACUUUCUCUUGGUCUCAAUCACUUUCUAUCCUCAGCUCUUUCCUCUUGUGACGACAACGUGACGUCAUCCUUCUCGCAUGCUAUCAUCGAACUUUCAGCUUAUUAUUAUUAUAGGACUCGUUCAUGUACAGCAUCAUCGUGAUUAUUAUGAUUAUAGGACUCCUUCAUGUACAGCAUCAUCGUCCGAUUUCCAUUUUCUCUUGGUCUCAAGUUUCUAAUAUUUUACUUUAAAAGAUAAACUUCUAUCUCAUUCAACAAAAACUCUGAACUCCCAGAAAAUGUUUCCGCACCUCCGCCAAGGCGGUCAACGUAUCUAA